CGGACGGCGCGAAGCCGGCGGCGGCGAUGGUGGCGGUGGAGUUCAUCUUCUCGGCGCUGCAGAUCUUCAUCAAGCUCGCGCUCGACGACGGCAUGGACGUCCGCGUCCUCGUCGCCUACCGACUCAUGUUCGCCGCCGCCUUCCUCUGCCCGCUCGCCUUCCUCAUCGAGAGGAAGAAACGGCCACCGCUAACCAUGAAGGCGGCGCUAGGGUUAUUCCUAUGUGGACUUUUUGGAAUCGCCAUAAACCAGAACCUGUUAGUGCUUGCCAUGAAGCUGACCAACUCAACGACCAUCGUCACGGCUCUCAGCAACCUCACUCCUCAGUCCACCUUCAUCGUCGCAAUCUUGAGCAGGCAGGAGAUCGUGAAGCUCGGGAAGACCAGCGGGCGAGCGAAGUUGACGGGCACCCUGGUCGGCCUCGCCGGCGCGACGCUGGUCACCUUCUACAAGGGUCCGGAGAUCACAUUCCUCCACCGGCUCGCGCGCACCAGCCUCAGCGACGUCCACGACAGCCACGGCCUGGUCCCGGCGCCGUCGGCCGUCGCCCGGGUCGUGGGCUCGUUCCUCGCCAUCACCAGCUGCUUCAGCUACGCCAUCUGGCUCUCCAUCCAGGCGAAGGUCGGGGAGGUUUACCCGUGCCACUACUCGAUCGCGGCGCUGGUGUGCCUCUUCGGCGCGGUCCAGUCCACCCUGCUCGCGCUCUGCCUGCACAGGGACAUGGAGCAUUGGAGGCUCGGGCUCAACGUCCGGCUGUACUCCUCGGCCUACGCGGGCAUCGUGGCGUCCGGCUGCGCCUUCCCGCUGAUGUCGUGGUGCCUGCGGAAGCGAGGGCCCCUGUACGUCGCCAUGUUCGGCCCGCUCAUCAUCGUCUUCGUCGCGGUGCUCAGCUCCAUCUUCCUCGACGAGACCUUGCACCUCGGAAUGUGA